AUGGAUGCGUCGCAGAACGAUUGCACGAACGAUUGCAGAUUGUGCAAAAUUAUCCGAAAGUGGGAUGAACGGCUGGAAGCGUCGAGAAACAAUAAUGAGGCUGCGAGAGAGCGCUAUCGACGGGAACGAGAGAGGAAGCGCAUCAUUGAGGACGUGCAAAAACCAUUCUUACUCGCAGAGGCUAAGCAAAGGGCCGCUAUCAAGCUGCAAAAGGAAAAGAAGCUGGAAGAUGCCCGGGCUGCGGCCCAUGAACGGGCGGUGCUCAAGGAGCGACUUUCCAGUAUAGACACUGUGAGACAAAGCAAUAUAAAAGCGAAGGAUGAGGAUCGCGAGCGGCGGAUGAAAGAACAGGCCCUGAUGGGAGGGUCGGAAAGUCUGAGCUUGGACGAUCCAUUUUUUACGGCAGAAUCGAGGGAGGUUGAGACUCACGGAAAUGGCGCGACACAGGGCUAUGGUUUGGUCCGAAUGGAGGAGGUCCUUGCGAAGGACCACGAGAACCCAAGAGACAGGAAGUUUGCAAAUGAUGCGGAACACAAGAACUCUCAUAAGGAGCGAGAAAUAACAGAAGAUAGACGGGAGCAAGAAACUCUACAGAAGGGUUUGAAAUACAGAGAGAUGGAGGAAGUUAGACGACUUGAAGAGUGGAAAGCCUCUGAACAGCAGCGCAAGGAAAAGAACGCCCUUAUACGAUCCGAACUGGAGAGAUGCCGCGACGAAACCGUUCGGGCCACACAGGCUAAGAAAAUCUCCGAUUAUGAGAUAACGAACCGCUUAGAAAAGGCCCGUGAGCAGAAGGAGAAAGAGCGAGAAACUACUCGCAACUCACAGUUACAUACACGACUUCGAAGUGUUUCAAAUGCUAUGGCCAUCCCACACUUGAUUGCUUGA